AUGGAGCGCCUCAUCCUGAUCCUCGCCAUCAGUCAGACCAUUCUGGGCCAAAGUAACGAUAUACCCUAUCGGUUAGGGAAAAGCUUACCAAUGGACAAAAACUCACAACUCUUAUGGAUCCAAGAGCUCGGAGGCGUUCCGAUGGACAAACUCAAGGAAACACGUCUCCACCCUGCCGUCAACAUCUACGACGACGAUUUCAUACUGCCAAAAAAGUUCGACGCUCGGCAAAAGUGGCCCCAAUGUGCGAGUUUGAACAUAAUUCGCACACAAGGCUGCUGUGGAUCGUGCUGGGCAGUUUCAGCUGCCUCGGUCAUGACGGAUCGGUGGUGCAUCCAUUCUAAAGGCAAGGAGCAUUUCCAUUUUGGAGCGUACGAUUUGAUCUCCUGCUGCGAUGGAUGUGGAGCUGGUUGCGGCCCUGGGUUGCCCGGGCCGACCUGGAUGUACUGGGUAAAGCGGGGUGUUUCCAGUGGAGGUCCAUACAAUUCCAAUCAGGGCUGUCACUCGUACCCCAUGCCAGCUGAAUGCCCAUCAAAUCACGAACGACUGGAGGCCCCGGAUUGUUCUGACAUGUGUCAACAGGGUUACAACGUUACCGAAUCCUGGAAAGAUCGUCGCUACGGACGGGUGGCCUAUUCUGUGCCAGCUAACGAAGGAAAGAUUAUGGAAGAAAUCUACAUCAAUGGACCAGUGCAGGCGGUGAUGGAGGUGUAUGCGGACCUUGUGGAUUAUACGGAUGGAGUGUAUCGACACAAGACUGGAGGCCUAAAAAACGGACACGGGGUCAAAUUGAUCGGAUGGGGUGUGGAGGACGGCACCAAGUAUUGGCUGGUGGCAAACUCGUGGGGCGUGGAUCGGGGUGACGAUGGAUUUUUCAAGAUUGUGCGAGGAGAGAAUCAUUGCAAGAUUGAGGAAAAUGUGCAUGCGGGGCUGCCAAGCUAUUUGGUUCGAGUCUAG